AUCUAAAUGUCGACUAUUGCAAAAAGAAGUGCUUUUCUUAGGGCACCGCAUUACAGAAGAUGGAGUGGCAACAGAUAAAGAAAAGACACGUGUGAUUGUUAAUUGGCCGCAACCAAAAUCACCUGAAGACGUUCGUAGCUUCCUUGGACUAGCUUCUUACUAUAGACGCUUCGUACGUGAUUUCGCAUCAUUAGCAGCACCUUUACACCGAUUAACCCACAAAGGACGAAAAUUUUUAUGGACCAGCGAGUGUCAACAGGCGUUCGAUGCUUUGAAGGCUCGGUUAACUUCUCCACCUAUAUUAGCCUUCCCAGAUACUUCAGCAGACGGAGGCGAAUUUAUACUUGAUACGGAUGCUAGUUCCUCGGCUAUUGGAGCAGUUUUAUCACAAGUAGCUCGAGAUGGACACGAAAGGGUCAUUGCGUAUGCUAGUCGACGACUAGAUAAGAGUGAAGCACGAUAUUCUACAACACGUCGGGAGAUGUUAGCACUAGUAAAAUUCUUACAACAUUUUCGCCAUUAUCUGCUGGGCAAACCCUUUCGUGUGCGCACGGAUCACCGUGCACUGCAGUGGCUCCGCUCUUUCCGCGAACCAGAAGGGCAAGUGGCACGCUGGCAGGAACGACUACAAGAGUUCGAUUUCACAUGCGAGUAUCGACCGGGAAAUCGACAUGCAAACGCGGAUGCCCUCUCCCGAAUACCCCAGACCACAGAUAUUAUUAACGCAAUUCUUAGUACAGCUCCAGAGACAGACUGGCCCUCCUACAAGCAACAGAUCCAGACUUACAGAUUGUUUAUCAAAGACAGCUACAUGGAAAUAGUAAGCCAUCCAUGAGGGAGCUUAAAGAUCAAUCCGUAACAACUCGUCGUAUCUGCACCAAAUGGGGUAACUUCAAGCUAUAUGGUGACACAUUAUUCCUAAUGAAUGAAUCAAAACAACCCCUACUGAUAGUACCGCGAGUGAAAGUUGAGAGUAUUGUGGAACAGGUACACCGCGAACUUGGUCAUGCGGGAGAACGGAGAACUGAACACGCUGUCCGUCAACGCUUUUGGUGGCCUUCCAUACACGAAGAUGUAGCUCAGUUUUGCAAGAAUUGUAACACGUGCUGCCGUUUUAAAUCGCCUCAGCAGACACCCCGUGCACCAAUGACGCCGAUGGUGACGACAGGACCACACCAGCGAGUUGGUAUAGACAUCAUGGGACCACUAACUACGACAAAAAACGGGAACCGCUACAUACUGGUUAUGGUGGAUUAUUUCACUAAAUGGUGCGAAGCUGUACCCCUUCCACAGCAAGACGCCCUUACUGUUGCCCGAGCUUUCAUCGAUCACUGGGUCUCCCGUUAUGGUGCCCCUGUCUCACUCCACUCCGACCAAGGUCCAUCCUUUGAAAGCCACCUCAUUACUGAGAUAUGCCGGCUAUUAGGAAUCAAGAAGACACACACCACUGCCUAUCACCCAGAAGGUAACGGCCUCGUAGAAAGAACAAACAGAACUAUUAAAGCCAUCUUGCAGUCGUUUGUCAGCAGAUCGUCACCGGAGUUAUGGGAUGAGGUGCUCCCCAAUGCCUUUUAGCAUAUCGUACGUCGGUACAUGGGUCCACGGGAUUCUCGCCUGCUAUUUUGCUGUUCGGGCACGAACUACGCCUACCAGUAGAGAUACAGUCACCCCUGCUGCCCUACGAAGAACAAGAGCAUGUUCCGUACAUACGUACUCUUCGCAACCGACUAGCUGAUGCCUACCGUCUGGUCAACAUUAACUUAGGCAAGGCUAGUGGACACCAAAAAGAUAUAUAUGAUCGUCAAGCACAAGGACCUAGGUAUACGGUUGGAGAUCGCGUCUGGUUACGCCGCCCAAUGACGUCGCUAGGGGGUUGCAGUAAAUUCCAUCAACCCUGGCAAGGCCCCUUUGAAAUUGUCCUCAUCCGAUCGCCCACCACGUUUGUAUUGCGUAACAUACAACGACCUAAAGACGAUGUGAUAACGGUGCACUACAACCAGAUAAAACCCGAUCGGACGACAUUUCCCUUCGAUGCUCAACUCGCUGAUCCACCGCCGGCCACUAGAUUUUACGAAGUACCAUCUGAAGGAGGGACAGCAUACCCAUGCCCAAGAUCAGGCACUGAGGACAGUGCCUCAUUAGGAGAGGGGGCGAUGUAACGGGAUUAAAAUCAUCAUGUAUGAUGUUGUUAAUAGAUUUUGUUUUCCUUCUAUUGCAGGGCAAGCAAGAAUAAACGCUUUAGAAGAAGAAGAGCAAGCCCUACACGCACUGAACUUACAGGAUGACUCAUAAGACCGUUUUGUAAACUAGCUCUCUUUCUGUACAAAACCCGCGGAUUUUAAUUUUUAAAUAAACGUCUAUUGGCCUCCAUUCCUCGUUCUCUCUGUGGUGUAGAGUGUUCAGUUAACAUUGUGUGUGUUGUGGCUUUAGGUCUUCCCGUCUUCCAGUGACUGCUGAUUACACGUGUUACACAGCUGUUACGACUAUACAAUCACCACAAACACCAUUCUGAGAAAAUAUAUAGGUUGUGUUAGCACAUCGUGUUAUUGCACCUCCUCCCAGACGUUCACUGACCCUGAUUUGUAUGCUGUUGUUUUAGAUCUCUCCUGUUUCCAAAUAAACUCUAUAACACGUGUUUCGACACAGCCGGUUCAAACAUAAAGUUCCCGCGCUCUCUCAACCAAUAAUAGUUCUCCGAUCAGGUGUAAGUUCGUACUUACACAUACUCGGUAAUAUAUGACUUAUUCAGAAUUUCAGUAAAAUAUUGUCUCACUCCUUAUGUAACAUUGUUUUUUCCUCUAUUAUUUAUCGGAGCUUAUAUCCACGACCUGUAAGUAACUGGUCAUCUACAUUUAAUGUUCAAAAGGAUGAGUUCUUAUUGAUAUUUGUUUUACCUCACAUCUUGUGCACUGUGCAGCUCCUUCCAGUUGUUUAUCGCCUUCAGUGAAAUAAAACCUUCAGACCAGACGGAUGAGUAUUUUCUCAAGUAGGAGUCAGUCACUCGAAACAAAUAUACUACCUUAAUGGCCUGCUACAUUCUUGUAUAUCAGCUAACCAUUGAUUUGCAUUGUUACUUCUGUUUCUUAUAUUUUAGACCGUAAUACUCUGUUGUUCGAACUUCUAACUUUUAAAUAUUGGUAUUUACCACUGUUACAAGUAAUCUAUCCGCAUGCUGUAUGUCUUCAAAUGAAUUACAAUUUGAUUGGGUUGCUACUUUCCUCACAGAUUUGUCAAAGGAUAUUGAUGCUGAGGUUGUUGGUGAAUAUAUUUGUGGCAUAUUAAAUGUUUCUCAUGGUUCGUCAGAAUCACGUUCUGAAAUAGCGGAGCUACUGUCAGCAUACCUUCCUUCUGAAAAAUCAAAGUAUGCUGCUACUGAGAUUAUAUCAAAAUAUGAUGGAAUCGUAUUGGGCAAAGAUAAAGUUGAAUCAUCAUUGUCAUCUACAAAUGAUAUUCAAUCUGUUGAAGAUCAAAUGCGUAAUUUAAUGCAAGCUGAUUGUAUGCGUAUCGUUGAAACUAAGAAAUCAGAUCAUCAUUCUGAUCGAGAUCCAUACACUCAAGCAAUUUUACGUUCGACUGGUGUAUCGGCUUAUCAAAAGAAUUCAGAUGAAGAACGUGAAUUGGAAGUGGCAAUGGCUAAUUCGGAAUUUAUCAAUAAAAAUCGUUCAAAUCCAACUGUUGGUGCAUUGACAACUGGUUCCAGUUCAAAUGGAUUUGUUGAAGUUGGCAUCGGCGAUGAUAGUGAGGGUGAAUCCGACACUGAUUUGGAAGAUAUUGAAAGUUUCUGUGAAUAUGGAAGAAAGGAUGAUGUGAAACCUGGUACAGUUGAAGGUGCUCUGUCUAUCUUAACUUCACUCACAUCAUCACAGUCAUGUGGGCUGAGUAUAUCCAACACUUCUCAAAAUCCCAUCCUAGUCAAGGAGACAUCAUCUCGAUCAUCAUCAAUGAGCAUACGUAAUUCUCAUUCAUCACAUCUAGUCGAUAAAUCAACUAGUCAGUCUCAGAGAAUCUCUUCAACACGUCAAAAACAGUCUAAAAAGUGCCCUCCUCCAUCCAAACAUAUUGCAAGAAUUGGUGCACAAGCUGAAGCCAAACAAAAACACAAUUCCAAUUCGAAAGCUUCACUCAUUUCAAGUUUGGAUAACGCAGAUCCUAAGGUGUCUCGUCAACGUGAAGAUAUGGAGGCAUUUUUAUUCACAGAUUCGGAUAUUCACCCAGAACCUAUGAAUGAAGAUAUUGUUCUACCUGAAGGUGGACGUAAUCGUGAACGUGUUAUAGAAUGUGAAGUGAAUUUUCGAAAGGCAGCCUCUCUAAAUGCUGCUAAACAACGUCAGGAGAACCUUGAACAACGUAAACAUCAACUAGAAAAAGCUGAACAACGUCGUCAGACAGCAAACAGAAAAGCUCAGAAAGUUGAAAGACGCAGAUUAUAACUGACAAAAGUUUGAGGAAGUGAUAUUUAUGUAUUUUACAAUGUUGAAUAGAUUUUGACAAUCUGACUUGGUUUUUCUAUCCUGUUUUAUCUCUUCUUCAACGAUUUAUCCUUAGUCGAGUCUAUAUUUAUCAUAUUGUCUUGUUUUGAACUAAUUGUGUGUGUGUGUGCAUAUGUGAUAAUACUGUAUAUAUCUAUUGUAUGUAUAUGAAGGCUUCUUUUUUUUGUCUACCCCGUAAUUUUGACUUACUAACUGAUCAACCAAUUUAAUGAACUGACUUAAUGUGUUUGUGAAAUAAAUGUAUCAAAAGUGUUCGGUUU